AUAAUCUACCUGAGCUUUGGUACUACUUUCGUUGCACAAGUUACAACUCUCUGGUUUCAUACCUUUUCACUAACGUUUUGAGAUUAAUUAAUGGCAAAUGAUAACUUGAAAGUGCUUAAUGCCCUUGAUAUCGCCAAGACUCAAUGGUACCAUUUCACCGCCAUUGUUAUCGCCGGCAUGGGUUUCUUCACCGACGCCUACGAUCUCUUCUGCAUCUCUCUUGUUACCAAAUUGCUCGGCCGGAUUUACUAUCACGACUACGGCGACGAUAAGCCCGGUUCCCUACCACCCAACGUCUCAGCAGCAGUCAACGGCGUCGCCUUUUGUGGUACCCUAGCCGGUCAACUCUUUUUCGGGUGGCUCGGUGACAAAAUGGGCCGGAAAAAAGUUUACGGGAUGACCCUUAUGCUUAUGGUUAUUUGCUCCAUCGCUUCUGGACUUUCGUUCAGCAGCGAGCCGACGGCGGUUAUGGCCACCCUUUGCUUCUUUCGGUUUUGGCUUGGUUUUGGGAUCGGCGGUGAUUACCCUCUUUCCGCCACCAUCAUGUCGGAAUACGCCAAUAAGAAAACUCGAGGGGCGUUUAUAGCGGCGGUUUUCGCCAUGCAAGGGUUUGGGAUUUUGACAGGUGGGAUGGUGGCGUGCAUCGUCUCGGCCGCGUUUAAGUCGAAAUUUCCGGCUCCGGCAUACGAGGUGGAUCAGUUGGGGUCGACGGUGCCGGAAGCCGAUUACGUGUGGCGGAUAAUUUUAAUGUUCGGCUCAAUUCCCGCUUUAAUGACGUAUUAUUGGCGGAUGAAGAUGCCGGAAACCGCUCGGUACACGGCCUUAGUUGCGAAAAAUGCGAAACAAGCGGCGGCGGACAUGUCGAAAGUGUUGCAAGUCGAGCUCGAAACUGAUCAAGAGAAACCAUCCGAGACCCGAAAGAACGAGUUCGGGCUCUUCUCGAAGCAAUUCCUCCAACGACACGGGUUACAUUUGCUCGGAACAACUAGCACGUGGUUCUUGCUCGAUAUCGCGUUUUACAGCCAAAACCUAUUCCAGAAGGACAUUUUUAGUGCGAUUGGAUGGAUCCCGCCUGCAAAAACAAUGAACGCAAUCCAAGAGGUUUUCAAAAUCUCGAGAGCUCAAACGCUCAUUGCGCUUUGUAGUACGGUCCCGGGAUACUGGUUCACUGUGUUUUUUAUUGAUAGGAUCGGGAGAUUCGCUAUCCAAUUGAUGGGGUUCUUCUUCAUGACUGUCUUCAUGUUCGCCCUCGCGAUUCCUUACCAUCACUGGACACAAAAAGAAAACCGAAUUGGAUUCGUUAUCAUCUACGCUCUGACGUUUUUCUUCGCGAAUUUCGGACCAAAUGCCACUACAUUUGUCGUUCCGGCUGAAAUAUUUCCAGCACGACUCCGGUCGACAUGCCAUGGGAUAUCGGCGGCUUCUGGCAAGGCAGGGGCAAUAAUUGGUGCUUUUGGGUUCUUGUAUGCGGCUCAGAGCCAAGACAGUUCAAAAACCGAUAAAGGGUACCCGCCCGGAAUCGGAGUCAAAAACUCACUCAUCGUUCUCGGGGUUGUGAAUUGUCUCGGGAUGUUGUUUACGUUCUUGGUACCGGAAUCGAAUGGCAAGUCCUUAGAGGAAAUGUCGAGGGAAAACGAGGGGGAGGACGAAGAAGUCGUUGAGAUGGACCACGUUAGGGCUCAUGAAAAUAGAACAGUCCCAGUUUAAACUGGUUAUAAAUACGGUUUUGUUUUUCUUUGAAAAAAAUCAGAUAGUUUUAUAAACUAAAAGGUCUAAAACGAGGUUAUGCUCUAGCAUACGAUGCUUCGGAUCAUAGACAUAACGUACGUGGGACGAGGUCAUUAGCAUAUGCUACUUAAACUUGGUUUAUACGUACUUAUAAACUUAAUUUCACCGAGUAAUGAAAGUAGAGGAAAGCAUUAUACUUUUAU